CGUGAUUUCCAUGAAAAAUGGUGUGAGCCCGCCACUUCUUACCCAAGCGCUUAUUGCCAGGCUAGAGUCAUAAGCGAUAUCCGCAUACAUCUUUGCUUAUGUUUCCUCAAUGGCAGUGUAAGUCUGGCUGCAGACUAGGUGAAGGAUUGGAAAAGAUCUUGAAAACAAUUGUUGUGCUGAGGAUCAUUAUCCGACAACUUUCAGGCACAGUUCUCAAAAGCCAAUGUGAGAAUUUGCGAUACUUUUCCACACUUAUCCGAGUGCCGGACAAUGGAUGACCCCCACGCCUGAGCGCGAACUUAUAUAAGCAAGCACACUUCCCCCAGCGGAUGCUAAUCAUCAAUACAGCAAGGCAGCUAAGGACAAGGCUCCAUAGUAGAAAAUGAAAUUACCUGAACAAGCUAUGCUCUGGCAGCGACGGCACCUGUUCUCGCCUAUGCUGGUUUUCGCAACUCUGUACGUGUCAAUGGCAGCAUUCAACUUUGGCUACGACACUUCGAUCUUUUCCUCGAUCCAAGGCAUGGCUUCAUUUACCAAUGAAUUUGGAUCUUAUAGUGAUUCCCUUAAGCGUAACACUAUACCGCCGUAUCUCUCCUCCAUCAUGAACUCCACUCCUUUCCUCGGCAAGUUGAUAGGUACACUGGCGUGUGCUCCGUUGAUGGAGAGGUAUGGUCGAAAGUCAGCUAUCCUUGUCAUUGCUGUUCUCAGUAUUAUUGGAUCCCUCCUUCAAACCACUUCGUAUAGUGCCGCCCAGUAUACUGUCGGUCGAAUCUGCUGCUAUAUGGCCACAGGCUUCACUAUCAGCGUUGUGCCCGCAUAUCAAAGUGAAACUGCUCCUGCAGAACUUCGGGGCGCCAUCGGUGCUACUUUACAGCUAUGGAUUGGUGUUGGACAAGUUAUAGGUGCUGUAGUCACCAAUGCCACAGCGACUAUGUCUGGUAGAGAAGCUUGGCUCAUCCCUACUGGCAUCCAAUUUCUCCUGCCUGUCCUGUUGCUGGCUGGAUACCCAUUCAUUCCUGAAUCACCCCGCUGGUUGCUCGCCAAGGAGAGACGGGACGAUGCUGUUGUUGCUCUUCUCCGCUUGAGAGUCAAAGGAACUACUUCCAAAGAUGUGGAAUAUGAGUUAGAUCUGAUUGCACAAAAUGAACAAACCCACGGAAAAGGUCCCUGGAAGGAUCUUUUCAAGGGAACGAACCGUCGACGUACUAUCAUUGCGGUUGGCGCCAUGGUCUGUCAACAAAUUACAGGACAAGCUUUCGUCGGCCAGUAUUCAGUGGUAUUUUACCAACAACAAAAUAUCACCAAUCCAUCCCCUUACCUGUUAGGUGUCAUCGGAUCUACUACAAGCUUGGUCUCAUCCCUUCUCGUAAGUCUCAUCAUCGACAGUUUUGGAAGACGUCCUAUACUGCAUAUAGGAUCAUUUAUGAUCACUGUAUGGCUCUUCGUGCUUGGAGCGAUGGGAAGCAUUGCGCAUCCCAAUGACGUUCAGAAAAAUGUCAUGGUGGCAGCUAAUAUGUUAUUUGGAAAAUCAUACGGUAUGUCCUGGGCCCCUCUGAGCUACGUUAUUAUGGGCGAGGUCGCAUCUGGUCGGAUGCGUGAAAAAACUCUCAACCUGGCUACCUCUGUGUCCGUCAUCUUGACUUUCCUGGUCUCCUUCACUCUACCUUAUCUUCUCAAUGCACCAUAUGCCAACCUUCAAGCUAAGGUCGGCUACAUUUACGGAUCCUUUUCCAUUCUCACAUUUUUCUUUGCUUAUUUCUACGUACCUGAACUUAAGAAUCGGUCGCUGGAAGAAGUGGAUGAGAUAUUUGAAAACAAGAUUCCUGCGCGCAAAACUAAUUCGUAUGUUGCUACCGGUAUUGGUCGGCAGAUCACGGAGGCAGAAGGUGCUACGACUGCGCAUCACCAUAAGGAUGUUGAACACGAUGACUUUGAACAAUUUGAAAAAGUGUAGUUUUUUCUUUGUAUCCAUAACCAGAAUUCCCCCAUUUUUGAUGUGUUAACUAUUGACAUUAAAUGAAUAAAUACGUAAUACCCUUUUCGCU